AUUAAGUUUGAUAGUGGUAUCGAUCAUUUUAUUAAAUAAUAAUAAUUCUUUAAUUGAGAAAUAAUUAAUGAAGUAGAGGAUCAUAGUGUUACCUACAUUUGCAAGAAAAGUCUAUUUAAGUAGGAUUUUGCAUAGAGAGAAAAGAAGGCCUUUUGUCUUUCUCACUCAUAUAUAUUCUCAACACUUUCAAUCUCUUCUUUUUGUUUUUUUUUUUGUUUUUUUUUUUUUCAUUUUCACCAAAAAUGGAAGUAGUGAUACAGCGGGAUAAAGUCUCUUCAAAGAUUGAAAAAGAGGUUGGAAGCCUGCCAGUUCAUUAUGAUACUAAAUCCAAAAAGGUGUAUUACCGAACAUCGGAAGAUGGAGUAGUUGUUAAUAUAACCAAGGAAAAUGUUUCAAUAGAGAUAUUAGAUUCGGAAUCAAAUAAAUUAACUAGUUUUCAACUAAAAAGUGAUGAUCCUUCAUCAUCUUCUAUGAGCAGUACUUAUCAUUACUUAAAAGAGAAAAGUAUAGAAGAAUUAAGAGAAUUAUAUCUUGAAAAAUUAUAUAAAGAAAAACAAGGGCAACAUGAGUUUUACUGUCCUAAUUGUAAGGUGUGCAUCACAAAGGUUUUUGUUAAAGAUUUAGAUCAUCAUCAGCCAAAAAUUCCUGAUCAUGAAGAUGAUCAAAUUAGACCAAUCUGCACCUCAUGCUUCAGUUUCCUCAUUCCUGCUUUAGGCUGGUUCUUCUCUAAACUACAGGGAUCAUCAGCUGAUCUUACCAAUCCAGAAGUGGUUCCGGGAGCAUCAAGGGAGGGUGGGAGUGAGUGGGAAAUGAUGAAGAGCGUUGUGUACGGUGGUUUAGCUGAGUCAGUUACAAGCUUAGGCAUUAUCACUUCUGCUGCCACUGCUGAUCUUUCUACAUUGAACAUUGUAACUUUGGCAUUGGCAAAUUUAGUUGGGGGAUUAUUUAUCAUUGCUCAUAACCUUUGGGAUCUAAAACAUGACCAUUCAAAAGUCCCAGCCAGUGAUGACGUCACUGAAGAACAGGUACUAUUAGAAGUGGAAAGAUACGAAGAAAUUCUUGGAAAUAGAAGGCAUUUUGCGUUACAUGCCUUUGUUUCAAUACUGUCGUUUCUAGUUUUCGGGUUAGUGCCUCCUGUCGUUUACGGCUUCUCAUUCCGCGAUGAGAGAAACGACAACAAUAAGGACCUCAAACUCGCUGCCGUUGCAGCUGCCUCUGUCGUAUGCAUAGCUUUGCUGUCGUUUGCAAAAGCUUACACCCAAAAGCGGUCAAAGUAUAUAAAAACGGUGUCGUAUUAUGUUGUCGUUGGGUUUGGAGUGUCGGGUGCUUCUUACUUAGCUGGAUUGUUUAUAAACAAGAUGAUGAAGAGGCUUGGGUGGUUUGAACCAACUACUCAUGCUAUCACUAUGUCUCUUGAUGAAAUGAGUUGGAGUUCAUGGCAAUAAAUUAAAUUCAAGUUAGGUAAUAUAAGUACGUACGGCCAUGGAUUUUUUUUCUUUUAAAAAAAUUGUUUACUUUCUUAUGUACAAUAUGUGUAUGAUGUGUUGUGUAGAGUUGAUAUUUUGCUUAAACAAUAUGUUUGGUAGGAAUUGUUUGACAAGAAGAAGGAGGUCCUCUCAAAUUUAAAAUAUUUAAACCUUCUAAUUUUGGGAGGAUUGAAAAAAAAAGACAAAAUAAAAAAAUUAUAAAAUUAUUUUUUACAAAGUAAAAUAUUAAUAUUUAAGGGCUCGUUUUUUAACAUCACAUUAAGUGAUCGUAUUGUAUAAACUUUUAUGAACACCUAAAUAUAUAAUAUUUUAGUAUAAAUUAAAAUUUAACAUAAUAUUAUAUAAAAAUGUGAUAUAUAAUCCAAUUAAUUCAAUAUAAUAUAAUACAAUACGAUUUAAUACG